AUGGUUUGUGGAGUCGGAUCUGUCAUGAUGAAGUGCUGUGUCUUUUUGCUUCUCCUCGGUUCCUUUUUCAUCCUUGGCCAUUGUGUUUUUCCAUCUGGUUCUUGUGAUGGAUACACAAACAUAACUGAAUCAUGGCGCAACUUCUUAUUUACAUCAAAAACCUUUCACGAGUACCCAAAGGAUGAUGCAACUCUUAUUGGGAAAUGGUGGCGCUUCACUGGAAUCGGUGGAGACCUAGUCAUAAAAAACUGCCAUCUAGGCCCUCGCGCUGGUGUCACCUACCCGAUUUAUAUUUCAUCAGCCUUACCAACAACUGAAUCUGAAACUGCAACAAAACCGGCUGCGUAUGAAUCAGUAGCAUCAUAUUGUACUAGUUAUUCUAUUUCCAUAGACGUGGUCCUCUGUCCUGGAGGAUUCUACAUAUAUAAUCCAUUAACUAAACACCACACCGGUGCAGGUUAUGCAACCUAUCAUAAUGAGUGUAUGCCGGAUUCGUGUGGACCACUAGCUGAAUGCUCAGGUAACGGAGGGUGUGUUUGUGUUGCUGGAUAUGAAAUCCCCUCAGGACACCUCCCCACACCUGAUUCAUAUGGUUGUGCUGACAUAAAUGAGUGCCUGAAGACUGAAAAUAUUUGUGGUUCUUACUCAAAUUGUACCAACACCAUUGGGGCACACGAAUGUACCUGUUGGGUUGGAUUCAUCGCAACAGACACUGCAUUACCACCUUUAGGGACCAACCCAUGCAAAGAUUUUGACGAGUGUCUUGACGAUAUCUGUGGAGCGGGUGGGACCUGUACCAACAACGUGGGAAGUUAUGUGUGUGAAUGCCAUGAUGGUUAUAAGCUUGUACGUGAAGCAAGCCCUGAGUGCGAAGAUAUCGAUGAGUGUUUGAACAUCACAAUCUGUGGUCCUGACUCUAUUUGCACCAACACUCCCGGAGCCUAUACCUGCAAAUGUAAAGUGGGGUACGCACCGACUGAUCAAGCUGCAGAACCCAGCUUGACCAACGUCUGUAUCGAUGUUGAUGAGUGUGACAAAGUUCCUCCCAUCUGUGGUCCCUAUGCCAACUGCACAAACUCCAUCGGUUCUUACUACUGCGAGUGCUUCAUUGGUUUUCGACUCAAUAAACUAGCUGUGAUUGCCAGCUAUAUGAACCCAUGCACAGAUAUAGAUGAGUGCUAUGAGAACACAGGUAUAUGUGGUUUUCAAACUGUGUGCACUAAUGUACUAGGGACCUUUUAUUGUUCUUGUCCUGAUGGAUUCUUCCCUUCAACUGGAAUUGUGUGGACAGUCGGAACCACAUUUUGUCAAACUAUUGAGAACAUUUUGGAAGAAAUAAAACCCCCAGAGGGACAGACAAAAGAGAAAGCUUUUCUUGGCAACAUGGACCAGCAGUUGAAAGAAAAUGAAGGCAUCGUUUUACCACCAGCAACUGUGUCAAACAGCUUCUCAGCAUCCAUGGAAGUGUCAGGUGUUGGACCACGUGUGCUGUCAGGCAGGUCAAAGAGGUCAAGCAGGGUGAGUAGCGCAGGAGACGCCGAGACUGGCAGUAUGAUCCUGGGCAUCUCAGAACGACUAGUCACGGCGAUGGUGCAUCCUGGGGAGAACCAAACCCAGGUUAAUGUGACGAGUCCAACAGUGGGAUUAAGUCUAGAAAGCAUUGGGCCUCAAGUUCACGAUGCAGGGAGUAGUUCUCUCUCUGCCAAAGAAAACACCAUGACGAUCAACCUGGAAGCUAUGGCAAAAAAUAACAAUGGUACUGCAUCAGCUGUCUUCUUUACAUUAAAUGGGAUGGAGAGUCUUCUGAGCCAUCAAAACUUUAAAACAGAGAACAGGACAGAGAUGUACUCGGAUGUCAUCACCGCCAUCUUACCCUUAGUAAACAACACCAACCUCACCGAGCCCGUCAACUUCACCAUCCAACAUAAGAAGACAACACCUGAAAAUGGUAUGAUGACCUGUGUCUACUGGGAGGAGAAAACAGAGACAGGAGGGAAAAAGACAAUGAGUUGGUCAGUAGACGGCUGUUGGGUUGCUUACACCAAUGAAAACUACACAGUGUGCAGCUGCUCCCAUCUAUCCACAUUCGCCCUCAUCAUGCAGAUUGGGGAGCCUGCACCGCCGGAUCCUUUCUUAGAGUGGCUUAACCGGAUGUGCGUCAUUGUCGGACUAUUCUUCUUUGCUUUGGCCAUCUUCACCUUCCUCCUGUGUAGCUGGAACCCCAAGAUCAACAACACAGCCCGUCUUCACCUCUGCCUCUGCCUCUUCUUCACGCAUCUGCUGCUUCUGUGGAAUGACAAAUAUGUUGAAGAGGAGCUGGCCUGCACCGUCAUGGCGGGGCUCCUCCACUUCUUAGUUGUAGCAGGUUUUGUGUGGAUGCUGCUGGAGGCACUACAGCUUCACCUGUUGGUGCGGAGACUCUCCAAGGUGCAGGUCAUCCAGAGAGAUGGCCUCCCCAGGCCAGUUCUCUUUGUGAUUGGCUACGGUAUUCCCUUUGUGAUCGUGGGUGUUUCAGCAGUGAUAUAUUCAGACGGAUAUGGUGCUACUGAGGCUGAGGUGUGCUGGCUCUCUAGGACCCGCCAUUUCAACUGGGCUUUAACAGGCCCUGUAAUUGUUAUCCUUGCACUCAAUUGGAUUUUGUUCCUUGCUACUCUAUGGAGUCUGAGACCAACCCUGGCCAACAUGAAGAGUGAUGUUUCUCAGUCUAAAGACACCACGUUGAUUCUGUUCAAGAUUGUGGCCCAGUUUGUCAUACUGGGCUGUACCUGGAUUCUGGGCCUGUACCAGUCAAAUAUUUUCUUCCAGAUCCUCUUCAUAGUUCUUAACUCCCAGCAGGGUACCUUCCUCUUCAUCGUCCACUGCCUGCUCAACAAGGAGGUUAGAGAGGAAUACAUUAAAUGGCUGACCUGUUCUUUCAAUAAGGAGAAACAAGGAGGAUCUGUGAGAGACGCACCAUCGUUCUCCGAGGACUUUGACAAGGCUGAAGAUUAAACAAGCUAAUGGUGAUGGAGUGAGAAUCAGAAAAAAGAGAGAUGGAAGACAAAGAGAAGAAAUGCAAGCCUUACCCACUUUUAACCAUUAGUCAUUAAUUAUGCUUUAUUGUUGUCAUCAUUGUUGUGGUAGGGGAUGAAAGUCAUCAAAUGUACGCUUGGGUGCGUCUACUUCGGCUGUAUCUACUAUUAUUCAUUAAUCAAAAGAAUGAUGUUGUCAUCAUGACAAUUAUUUUCCUCUGCUUAAAAAAAAGAAGGUUAAAAGGUUUUUCUGUUUAGUUAUAUUGUAUUGGCAAAGAUGUUCAAUAGCUUUUGCAACUUUCUUUUAAAAAUAUUAAUUCAGUCACUCACUUUGAAGUGAACAACUGUAUGUUUGUGAAAAGACUCUUAGCUACUUAUCGCUAUUUCAACCAAACUUACAUGCUUUUAGUAGCAUAGUAGCAAGUGUAGAGGAAAAGUUGCUGUUGUUCGAAACUUUUCCUAGCAUAAGUGGGUAGUUCUGUGUUCAUGUGAACAUACCAUGAUCUGGUUGCUGCAUGACACAGUAUUUUUGUGAAAUAAUGUGUAUCAUUUAAGAUCAUGGUCUUAUUGUCAUUAUAAUGUUAUAAUAUAUAAUGAGUCCAUAAUAAAUCUCUGUUAAAUCUGA